UAAUUGACCUUGACAGCGAAACUGCUGGAAGCGCUAAAUGUUCGCUUCCUCCGCUUCGUCACCCGUGGCUUCUUAAUUUCCUGUGGACCGCUUUGUGUCCGAGGGCUGCGGACACGGGCGAUGAGUGACAGCGAGGAGGACUGGCUGGCUCUGAGGCCCCAGGAACCUUCUCCAUCCCAGUGCUGCGGCAGCGGCUGCAAGCCCUGCAUCUACGAUGUGUACGAGAAGGAGCUUGCACGGUGGGAGAGAGCCAAAGCAAUGCAAGACAAAAGCCUUCUCGUGGGAAAGGAGGAGCAGAGCAAUAAUUCAGAGCUGAAUCCAGAUACAUUCACUGCAUUCAGCGUGAGCUCGGUGCAGCAGCUGACAGAGGACACCUACCAGUACAAAUUUGAAUUACCGGGAAAUAGCAGCCUGCCAUUGAGUUUAGGACAACAUAUCGUGUUAAGAGGAGUGGUGAAUGGUCUGGAGGUCCAGAGAGCCUACACUCCAAUUAGCCCCAGGAAUGCAGAAGGUUACUUUGAAGUUCUAAUCAAAUGCUAUGAAGCUGGACUAAUGUCACAAUACAUAAAAACGUGGAAAAGAGGAGACGUGGUCUUUUGGCGUGGGCCGUUUGGAGGGUUCCCAUAUCAACCUAAUAAGCAUGGAGAACUCCUCAUGCUGGCCUCUGGCACCGGCCUUGCACCAAUGAUUCCCAUCCUCCAGUCCAUAACAGAUGAUGAAGAGGAUGAAACCUUUGUAACUCUUGUUGGCUGCUUCCCAACCUUUGACAAAAUUUAUUUAAAACCUCUUCUGCAGGAUUUGGCUCGGUACUGGAAUAUUAGAAUAUUUUAUGUCCUAAGCCAGGAAACUUCGCUGGAAGAACUUCCUUGGAGCUAUCAGGAAAACACGUACACUGGUCGUCUCAAUGAAGACUUGAUGAAGACAAUAGUAAAUUCCUGUCGAAGAAAGCCAUUUGUAUUAAUCUGUGGCUCUUCUGCAUUCAGUGAAGAUAUGAGUAGAUACUUGAAAGCUGCAGGAAUUGAAGAAGAUUCCUGUUUUGUCUUUUAGCAGUACAUUCCUGACCUGAGGAACCUUAGGCUGAGCCUUGGAUGUCCUUGUUUCUUUGCAGACAUUGCACAAAAUGGGCCUGCUCAGAAGACUGAGCUCCUUGGAGCAACUGUUUGUUGAUCCUCACUCUGGGGUGUUUUAAGGAACAGGUGCCAUUCCAGAAUGGCUGGUACACGGUGUGCCACCCAUACUUCAGGGACCUGCAUGACCAUUUUAAUGGAAGUCUUCAAGUGCAAUUUUAAGAGAGAGAUCUCCUAGAUAACUAGAAAGCAUCUAGUUAUCUAGGGGUACUAGAAAGCAUCCAUGCACACAGCUGUGCUGUAAUAUGAGGAUUGGUGACUUGCUUUGCAAUCUGUGUUAUUCUGCAGUGGUGUUGUGCCCUGUUAGGUGUCCAGAGGAGAGAUAUAAUCCUCAGGAAUUCUUGCCAGGCCAAGGGGACAGCAGACUUGGGAUCACUUUGGUUCUGUCAUGUGCAGGCUGAUGUCAGGCAAGUCCCUUAAACCUCACUGUGCCUCAGUUGCCCCACUGUACAUUAAUACAGAGAAAGUGGCACUGGUCUCUGAAAACAGCCUUUCCAGCUAUAUAUGGAAAAAGUAUCCAUAAGGAUGGAAUGAUACAUCCUGUCUAGAGAGAACCUAGGCAGGCUGAGCUCCUGUCCUGGCACAGCCUGUGUUACCUACCCUGUGUUUAGCCCUUGAAAUGCUACCUGGGGACACAAAGAGCACGUCCUAAAUCUGGGAGGGCGUGGCUGGGUGGUGGCUGCUGUCUGUCAGGGAGGAUGGUUAUUUGCUUUCCAUGUCCCCUAAGUGUUGUAUCAUAACCCUUGCUCGUUAAAUUGAACCUCUUUACAAAUAAACAGCUGUUUGAUGUUGUCACAGGACUCUCUCAGGUGCCUGA